CCUAAUUGUUGUGAUAAACUUAUUAAAUAGGUACCAAUGCAAUGGAUUUUUUCAGAGAGGCAGUUUCGAAGAACAAAAAGCGGUUUAAAGAGGGAAAUUUUAAUUUGGAUCUGUCCUAUGUUACAUCAUCCUUCAGUAGUAGAUGUGACGUGACAUUAAACUGCCACGAGACGUCCGAAGAGCCUAAACUGAUUGCCAUGGGGUAUCCUGCCAAGAGAAUAGAGGCAUCGUACAGAAACCGCUUUGAAGACGUCCUCAGGUUCUUGGACGAGAGGCAUCCGGGACAUUAUAAGGUCUUCAACCUGUGCACAGAAAGGAAGUACGCUCUUGAUAGUUUCGGCUCAAGGAAAGAUCCAGAUCAUUCAGUGGCUGCGAAAAUUGUGGAGGAGUAUGGGUUCGCGGACCACAAGCCACCACACUUCCGCUCCAUCCACACAUUCUGCCAGGAAGUGCACGACUACCUCCAACAACCACACAAUGUCGCCGUCAUCCACUGCAAAGCCGGAAAGGGUCGGACAGGGGUGAUGAUCUGCUGUUAUUUAAUACACAUGGUGCUCACAGAGGCAGGAAAGAGUGGAUGGGUUGAGCAUGAGUGGCGAUGCAGACAGAAUGGCACCAACCCCCUCUCCCAACUAGUACUGUCCACUCUCGACCACUUCUCAAGAGAGAGAACCAUAGACUCCAAGGGAGUGACCAUUCCGAGUCAGAGACGCUACGUGGAAUUGUAUGCCAUCUAUUUACAUGCGGUUACCAUUGGCUCUCAUAAUGCACAGUUGGGUCACUACCAGCCAGUGGCUGACCUCUACAGGACAUAUAGACCUCUCCAUGCCAUCAGCCUUACUCAUAACAGUCCAUACGCGUAUUGGAGUGUGGAGCUGAGCUUCCGUCUUCCACAUGAGUUGCCACAUCACCAGGAGAAUCCGUUCAACUUCCACUGCAGCAGGUGGGCACAGACACAGUGUCUCUACUUCAACAACCAGGUCGUCAUAGCCCAACUCGAGAACAUAUUCACAUACUCACACUCACAAGUUGGUAAUAACUGUGUGCACACAUGGAGAGCCAGCACGACAAACGGCGUUUUCCUUCUGCACGAAGAUUUCUGCGUCAAGUUCAGGAGAAAGGAUCAAACAGAAUUUGAGAGCUGGUUCAAUGCCUCCUUCAUCAACGAGAGCAGCCGAUUGUGUUUCUCCGCUCCCACCACAACUAAUCCAUCACAGACCAAAUUUGACUAUUGCUACUUCAGUCUAAUCAGAGGAGACUCUAGGAAACCCUCCUCCCCCACUCUUGUGCAAACUAACAACAGCAGCAGCAGCAGUCAAACUGCCACAUCAACCCACCCUUACGGUCCUCAAUGGCCUUCGCCCACGGCAGACAAGCAGAUGCAGAUAGAGAGUAACUCAAGGACACAGGACACUAAGACAGACUUACAACUGGUGCUACUCAGAAGUCAUAUUGACAAAAUAUACAAGGCCAAGUUCGACGAAAAAUUCGACGGCUGUAACAUCACGUGCCAAUUCGGAAAAGAAGCCAAUUUGGAUCGCAACACGUGGAGGACAUUCUUCACUAAGUGGGCCAGGCCACUUCAAGUGCCGAGGGCGACCAGGGGCGCGGCAGGAGUGUGGAAUGCGAUAGCCUCCACCAUCAACGGAUACUCGAUCAACAAAGGGCCAGAGACUGCUUUGACCCUCAACAAUCUGAAUGGAAGCGACUGCAGUGUCAUCAAUGGAGACAUUGACACGAAUGACACUAACAAUAAUGAAGAUCAACGGCAGACUGCAUCCCAGUCGAACAGCAGGCGGACGAAAGUUAACAAUGGGAAUAGAUCUGAAGGGGAAGGGGAGAGGACUCUGAUAAGGAUGAGCAGGGCACUCAGCGCGUCACAGCCUAACUUGCUAGUUGCCAUGGAAUCAAGCUCGGAACAAAGCGGCACGGAUGUUCAGUGGCAAGACUCCAUCAGUGGAGGUGGUGGAAUUGGAAGUGCAGGAGUGGGAGGGGGAGCGAGGAGGGCGAUAAAGAGAGAGGACAGCUGUGAAGAGAAGAUGAAAGACAUAGAUGACGAUGAGGAGACAGACGAGGAUGAAGAGGAAGAGAGACCUAUGAGGAAACCCCUUCCCAGCGGCGGCGGCUACUUUAUCCCAACAUCAAAUAACGCUGUACAUCACUACCACAGGGGAGAUCCUCUCAGGAGCAGCGAAAAGAUUAUGUCGACCGGAUUAUUGUCCAAUCGAAGCAGACCUCCGACGAACAUGCAGUCUUCCUUAGUGCCUUUUCAUUUCUCAGCCAACUCCAAGCCUCCCAUUUCGAGAAGGAGUUGCAAUCCAGCUACCAACAGUCGUCACCUACUCAACGCCUCAAACUCCCCUCCCAAACAUUUCAAAGAGGAGAACCCACCACAUCAGGGGCAAACACAACCCAGUGUGGGCAAGAACGUGAAUAAUAGCAAGUAUCCUCUCUUAGUGGCCAACGCACACUCUCGAUCACAUUCCAUUGAGGAUUCCGCAGCCACGGCGGCCUUGAACUCUCAACAUGCCCUCGAUGGUGGUCAGAUCAGUAUGUUACAGUCAGAACCGAGAGGAAUGUCAGGAGAUUCAUCAGGAGUGAAUGGUCGUCAGAAGCGAGCUGCUUCAACAGAUAACAGUCUAUUGAGCAGUCAGAAUGUGAGAGCUAGCUCAGUGUACACUAGUAGGACACCCGCGCCCAGCCAGCCGAAUUCAGCACCCCACCACAGAAACACCUCUGGUCAAAAUCAAGGCCAGUCUCAAACCCAAGACCACCCAACCACAGUCAACAGUAUCAAUAAUGAUAGACAACAUACGAUAUCACAACCUGUGCCUAACACUGCAAUGCAGCCAUCUUUGCAUGUGCAGAACCCCUCUUAUAUCUAUCAGAACCAAGUUAGCAAAGACACAGUCAAUCAGUCCCAUCAUAACCACAAGAAACCUAUUGAAAUCACCAUCACUAAAUUCUGAAGACAUUGCUGUGACGUUGUCCAGCGACAUGAGUGACACCCAAGGAGAAUUGACCGAAGGGUGACUCUUUGUGAUCCAGAUCCGUCUCAGGGAAGCAAUGACAGCGGAGCGACGACAGAUUACAUCAUGCCCGUUCACUGUAUGGCACUGGAUGAAACUCAGUUUCAAAUUCAAGAUUAUUAGAUUAGUGUAGUUAUUAUUAACUCGCAUUCAAUCAUGUGUCGCUGUUUACCUUUGUAUCUGGAUAAUUUAGAUGGACUUGGGCGACCAAGCCGCGUAUCGAAAAAUGACCAAUUUUUAUAUUUUAUCACCAUGGAUCUUUCGAAGUUUUUCAUAAUGAGAAUUAGUUCUUAAAGUUUUGUAACGGCUAUCAGAAAUUGACUCUGUCAAUCAGAAUAGUGUAUAUUGUCUGUCAUUUUUCAAGUCGUUUAUUUUAAUUAGAAAAACCUACUGUGACAGUAAUUUAAUGAUUUAGUUCUGCGUUCAGUUUCAAUCCAUCCGUUAGCUACAUUUUUGUUUUAUAAAUCUUUGCUUGUAUACGUUCACCUUUGACUUUUAUUUGCUACCAUUGCUUCAUAGAAUUUCUUUUAUUUUGAUUUCAUAAUUUUUCAAUGCAAUUAUAACUCAAUUAUAAUUAUAAACUAAUUGACAUUAGUUAGAAUUAGUGAUUAAUAACUUUAGGUUCGACUAAAUUUGCUUACGAAUUUAAGGUUCCUCUAUUUUGAUCCUCCAAAAGCGGUGUUUUCGGAGAAUUGUUGAAUUUUUGAACUGAAGAGAAGAGUUAAUUGGUGCGUUUAAUGCCUUGUGUUGCUCUCCUCUCUAUCUCUAUUUGUAAUGAGUGAGUCAAACCCAAAUAUUGAAUCGCCAAAAGUUGAAACUUGGACUUCUGUUGCUAGUGUAGAUACAGAUGAAAGCCGCUAUAUAUAAUAUACAUACUUAUUGUACUUGAAAUUUUAUUUUAAAUUUAUUUUUCUAUCGUG